GGCGGGCAGCCGGCGGGCGCACUCGGAGGGCGGCGGCGCAGCAUGAUGCGGCUGUGGCGCUCGGCGCUGCUGCGGGAGCUGCUCCUGCUCGGCCCGCUGGCCGGCCCGGCUCCUGGACCCGCCUCUCGCCGUCUCCCGCCGCCGCUGGCCGCCCUCGCCGCCGGCCCGAACGCUUCCCGCCGCGGCGCGGGGCCGGCGCGGGGUCUGUGCACUCGCUCCGAGGGAGCCUUGGAGGAGCCGGGGAAGGGGGCGCCUGCGCCGGGCGAGCCCCCGGCCGAUGGCGGCCACAGCAACAACCACGGCGGUGGCAAAGAGCUGGCUGGAGGCGGCGGAGAGAAUAAAGUGAAACAAGGUCUCCUUCCCAGCUUAGAAGAUCUACUUUUCUAUACUAUUGCAGAAGGGCAAGAAAAAAUACCUGUUCAUAAGUUCAUAACUGCACUCAAAUCUACAGGAUUACGUACAUCUGAUCCCCGAUUGAAAGAGUGCAUGGAUAUGCUAAGACUGACCCUUCAGACAACUUCAGAUGGUGUUAUGCUGGACAAAGACCUUUUUAAAAAGUGUGUACAAAGUAAUAUCGUGUUGCUUACUCAAGCUUUUAGGAGGAAGUUUGUCAUUCCAGAUUUUAUGUCGUUUACUUCACAUAUUGAUGAGCUGUAUGAAAGUGCAAAAAAGCAAUCUGGAGGAAAGGUUGCUGACUAUAUUCCACAAUUGGCCAAGUUCAGCCCUGAUUUGUGGGGUGUGUCACUUUGCACAGUGGAUGGACAGAGGCAUUCUGUUGGUGAUACCAAGGUUCCGUUUUGUCUUCAGUCCUGUGUAAAGCCUUUGAAAUAUGCUAUUGCUGUUAAUGAUCUCGGCACAGAGUAUGUGCACAGAUAUGUUGGUAAAGAGCCCAGUGGACUAAGAUUCAACAAACUGUUUCUGAAUGAAGAUGACAAGCCUCAUAACCCUAUGGUGAAUGCUGGAGAUGUGGUAACAUCUUUAAUCAAGCAAGGAGCAAAUAAUGCAGAAAAAUUUGACUACGUGAUGCAAUUCAUGAAUAAGAUGGCUGGUAAUGAGUAUGUUGGAUUCAGUAAUGCUACGUUCCAGUCUGAAAGAGAGAGUGGAGAUAGAAACUUUGCAAUUGGCUAUUACUUGAAAGAAAAAAAGUGUUUUCCUGAAGGAACGGAUAUGGUUGCUAUACUAGACUUCUAUUUUCAGCUUUGCUCAAUAGAAGUAACGUGUGAGUCGGCAAGUGUGAUGGCAGCAACUCUGGCUAACGGUGGGUUUUGCCCAAUCACUGGUGAAAGAGUACUGAGUCCUGAAGCAGUCCGGAAUACCUUGAGUUUAAUGCAUUCCUGUGGCAUGUAUGACUUCUCAGGGCAAUUUGCUUUCCAUGUCGGUCUUCCUGCAAAAUCUGGAGUUGCUGGUGGGAUUCUUCUGGUUGUUCCUAAUGUCAUGGGCUUGAUGUGCUGGUCACCACCUUUGGACAAGAUGGGCAACAGUGUUAAAGGAAUUCACUUCUGUCAUGAUCUGGUUUCUUUGUGCAAUUUCCAUAACUACGAUAAUUUGAGACACUUUGCAAAAAAGCUUGAUCCUCGCAGAGAAGGUGGUGAUCAGCGGGUGAAGUCUGUCAUAAAUCUGCUGUUUGCUGCCUACACGGGGGAUGUGUCUGCACUCCGGAGAUUUGCUCUGUCAGGGAUGGAUAUGGAACAAAGAGACUAUGACUCACGAACAGCGCUGCAUGUAGCAGCUGCAGAAGGACAUGUGGACGUUGUUAAGUUUCUGCUGGAAGCAUGCAAAGUGAAUCCUUUCCCCAAAGACAGGUGGAAUAACACUCCAAUGGAUGAAGCUUUACAUUUUGGACACCAUGACGUAUUUAAAAUUCUUCAAGAAUAUCAGGUCCAAUACACGCCAUCAGAGGAUUCCAACAACGGCAAGGAGAACCGAACAGUUCAUAAAAAUCUCGAUGGCUUACUAUAAUAAUCUUCAGCUAGAUCCUAAGAAUUGAAUCACUUACCUAUUUAAUUGUGGCAUACAUAAGUAAUGAAGAGCGUGUGUGUUUCUAUCUGAUAGUGGUAUAUAUUUUACAGAAGUCUCUGUUACUUCAGUGUUAUGUUACAGGAGUUUCUAUACGCACAGGACAAAUCCAAUCUCUCAAAAGAAACAAAACCAACUAAGAAUCUCCCUCCAUAAUGUGAGCAAUAUUACCUCAUGCUGCAUAUAAUUGAUGUAUAAAAAUAUUUAGCUGUUGUUGGCUUUACUGUGCACUACUUAAUUUAUUUUUGUGUUCUAUGUGAACUCUAGUCUACGGUCAAGAAUUUCUCUGUUGAGUUUUUGUUUCUAUAGCCCUGUUUCCAGUAUGGCCGAGAUGAGCCAGAGUACUGUCAGGUAUGAGCAUCAGUGAGGUUUUUCAAAAGCUGAGGGUGCUGAUGUAGCUUUAGGCAGGGUGUUUUAACUACAGAUCAGCACUCAUCUUUGGGAAAAUAUAAAAUAAAAAUUUCCACAGUACCUUGUUUACAUGAUAUAAAUAUCAACAGAGUAUAUAGGUGGCAGUUGUUAUUGGUCUAGGCUUGUUAGUAGAGAUAGUCUUGUCAGGGAAUCUGUUUUAAGGUUUGUUUGACCAAAUGGCAUAGGGGAAUGUGACUCGUAACAUCAAACAGUGUUUAGUGGGAUGUUUGUUUUUGUUUCGGAGGCGUUUCUUUCAGUUCCCUUUGUUUUGCCUCCCUCCUCUCUCUCCAUGUUCAGCUGCUAAAGUACUUCCCCACCACUGGGGAAGUGGGUGCUUUCACUCUAUGCAGUCGUGUUCCUUGCAGGUUUAUUUGCACUACAGCAAGCCUUGACAAGCUGCAAAAGCCCCUUUUGGGCUCACAGGUGGUGUUCUCAGUGAUUGUGCCAGGAACCAGUGAGGGGAGUGGAAGUAUAUGAAAGGGAAAGUACUAAACCAAAUAUUACAUGUAAAUCUGGCUUAAUUUAGGCUUUUAUAAGGAACACAGAUGGAGUGAAACAGCUUUAAGGAGCAUAGAGCCAAUCAAAGCAUGAGCAGGGCAGGAGGCAAGCCAAAUUUUUGGUUAUGUUGUUUUCUUGCACUGCCAGCAACCAGGAAACAGGAUAUUGCAUCAGUGGGAUUCCACUGGUGUAGAAUGGGAGUUCAGCAACCAAAACACAAGUAGGUGAUACCUUUUGUGGUGAAUGGUGGCAUUUUAUUGUCUUGCCACUGAAGCCAGCUCGACCUGCCCAUCAUGGCAAAUGUCAAUACAGAUACUUGUUGUUUGCAGAAGUACAAUGUUGCGACAGUUCCCUGUCCCAUGUGCAAUUGCUUCUGCCAAUAUUAUGGCAUAAAACCUCAAAAGGGAACAGUCACUUACCGUGAAGCAUUGGCUAUCCACAAAACACCACAAUUGCUGGACACGGGCAAGAAUUUUAGCACAAGAAUUUUAGGGAAGACUUGUUUAGCACAUAGAAAGGGAGAUGAUGCUUGAGAGUUGCAUGUAUGGCUAUUUUCAUCCUAGCACCUAGUGUACAAGUCAUUAGUAGAUCUCAAAGUUCACAAUUUCUGUUUAGGCACUAAAGUAAUUCUGAAAUAGCACCCAAAUUCUUUCUAGAAUGGCCCAAGCACUUUAUAAAGAUGAUCUGAACCACAUUAUCUUCCUUUUGCAAGUGAGUCCAUUAAGACACAGAGAGAAGUAACUUCUCCAGAGUGACCCAGCAGGUCAAGGUAGUUGAGAAUAAAUCCUCUUGAAUUCCUGUACAGUCUCGUUGAUAUGCCAUACUGCCUCCCUGCAGGGAGGACAGAGCUCAUGGAAAAGUGCUUGAUACUCAUCACAAGCAGUGACUGUCUUCAUGGCAAUGAAAUCUUGGAAGAGUCUGAAAGUCUAAAGCCCUGAAAUCACAUUGCGAAGCUGGCUGGCAUGGUUAUCAAACACUUUUUCUCAAGAAUCUUAUUGUUCUUAAGCUGUUGUGUUUUGGGGUUUUUUUUAACCCCUUUCUUUUUUCUGAAGGUCAGCUGUUCUUCUGAAGGCUUCAAAACCAUUCUUUGCAUGUCCUGUGUCACAGCCACCUUCGUUCUAAUCAAGAACUAAAUGACCUGGCCUCUGGCUCUUUAUUGAGCUACACUGGCCACUGAGUAGCACAAGGCCUCUUCCCUGCUGUGCACCCUGAACUAAAUUCUAGCAUGUUUUCUCUGGCAACAGAUAUGUCAACUUUGUGUAGAGGAAAGUUUUCAGAUGGACUCUAGUUUAGUAUUCUGUAUCUCAGUGCUGAUCUGACUUCUUCCACAUUUAUUUUUUUCCUCUUAAAACAUACCCCUUGGCUUCUCAGAAGAAUAUCCAAUUUAGCUUUAACUGAAAUUUGCAUUGUUCAUUUUGGUAUUUUUAAAUGAUAGGUAUAUUGUACAACACACAUCUAUUAAAAAAACCAAAAGAAGGCAUUUUAACUGCGUUAGCAUUAAAGAUCAUGGCUCUCCCUAAACUUAAUGCUUUUCUGAAUCAUACCGAGUGCUUUUAGCCGGUGUUAGCUUCAGUGCAUUUUUGCUGGUUAGUUUUUCUCAUUGUGAGAAGAUGCAUUAUUUUGUAAUGUCCGAUUCAGCGAUGCAGCUAUUUAGACAUGGCGUUAUUUAUAAAUAUAAAUAUAUGCAGUACAUUGGUUUGGCUGUUUAUCAUUCAUGACACUGACAUGUAGGAUUUACCAUAAAUAGCUUUUGGUUAUCUUAUCAAAUGCUGACUUCCUUAUGCUCCAAAGAGGAUUUCCCCACUCCUUUUGGUUUUAUGUCAUAUAUGUUUCUUCUGUAUCACAACCUAAAAUCGUUAAGCUAACUUAAUGCUUCGUACUCAGAAAUAUUGUGAUAGUCUUAGCAUUAAUUAGCCUAUCUUUGUGAACAAAAUGUAUCGUAUCAGACUUUUUUGCUUCAGAGCUGGACUGUCUAUCAGUGACUACUUAUUGGCAGUGUACUUCUGGUCAUUGUAACUGACUGGGCUGAUCUUGACUUUAGGUUCUGUACUGUGGGGAACAGACAGUGAUGAAUGUAUUUCUAGCAGUUUCCCAUGAAUGAAUCUAAACUUGAGCUGUACUGGUUCUGAAAAUGAAAGUUAUUUAUUUUAAGAAAUAAAAUCCAGAUAGUGUCGCUUUUUACAGCAUAAUAAAUGGAAAUACCAAAACGGCAAUGAUAGUGGUGGUGCAUUUUAUGGGUUAUCUCUGUGACUGCUGUCAAAGUAAGCCUUUGGGCCUGGGGAAGGCUGUCCAGGAAAACCUACUGCAGUCAUUUCUGUUGUGCAAAGCUUGCAGGAAAUCAGAAUGAGUUUAUCUGAUCUAGCUUUGUGUUCUUCUUUUUCUCCUAAACCUGCACUUCUAGAGCUGAGUCCUUUCACUGGUACUGUUUUGUUAAUGCUACGAUUCUUAAAUAGAUUGGCCAUAUGCCCUCAACCACUUUUGCUUUCUCAUGCCUACUCUUCACACCUACUACCCUUCAUCUCACCAAUAGUUUCUUUCCUUUUAUUAUUCUUUUGCCUAUAUAGUUAAUAUAAAAGCCUGACAAGUGUGAGACAAGGGUUCAUGUCACUUAGCAGCACCAGAGAAAAAUGAUGUGGCAGUGGGCCAGCUUCAUAGCUCGCCAAGUUUAGCUAUAGAUAAUUAUCCUACUAAUCAACUGGAACUAGAAAUUCAAGUUGAGUUUAUUGAAGUUUGCUCGGGGAAGAAAAAAAAGUGAUGUGUUACAAGCAGUAAUAAAAAAAAAAAAUCAUUCUAACAACCACCUCCUAAGAACUCUGUGAGGCAGACUGACCUGCAGCAGUGCAGUAAGCUAAA